AUGGACAGUGCGCCUUCGCCCUCGAACCUCCUUUCGCCCGCGCCGCCCUCUCGAGGCUCACGCACUCGCUCCCGCAGGUACCAGGGCGACUCGGACCUCCAACUCGAGCGCAUCAGUGUCUACUACAACGAGGCCGCCGCCAACAAGUACGUCCCGCGCGCCGUCUUGGUCGAUCUCGAGCCCGGCACGAUGGACGUCAUCCGGGCGUCGUCCAUGGGCAACCUGUUCCGCCCCGACAACUUUGUUCACGCCCAGUCGUCGGCCGGCAACAACUGGGCCAAGGGCCACUACACCGAGGGCGCCGAGCUCGUCGACAGCGUCCUGGACGUCGUCCGCAAGGAGGCCGAGGGCUGCGACUCGCUGCAGGGCUUCCAGCUCACGCACUCGCUCGGCGGCGGCACGGGCUCGGGCAUGGGCACCCUCCUCAUCUCCAAGAUCCGCGAGGAGUUCCCCGACCGCAUGAUGGCCACGUUCUCGGUCGUCCCGUCGCCCAAGGUGUCGGACACGGUCGUCGAGCCGUACAACGCGACCCUCUCGAUCCACCAGCUCGUCGAGAACUCGGACGAGACGUUCUGCAUCGACAACGAGGCCCUGUACGACAUCUGCUUCCGUACCCUCAAGCUCUCGGUCCCAACCUACGGCGACCUCAACCACCUCGUCUCGGUCGUCAUGAGCGGCGUCACGACCUCUCUGCGUUUCCCGGGCCAGCUCAACUCGGACCUGAGGAAGCUUGCGGUCAACAUGGUGCCGUUCCCGCGCCUGCACUUCUUCAUGGUCGGCUACGCGCCGUUGACGGCGCCCGGGUCCAAGAACUUCCGGGCCGUGUCGGUGCCCGAGUUGACGCAGCAGAUGUUCGACGCCAAGAACAUGAUGGCGGCGAGCGACCCUCGCAGCGGGCGGUACCUGACGGUCGCCGCCAUGUGGCGCGGCAAGGUGUCGCUGCGCGAGGUCGACGACACGAUGGUCCAGAUCCAGGCGAGGAACGCCGACCACUUUGUCGAGUGGAUCCCGAACAACAUCCAGACCGCCCACUGCGACAUCGCGCCCAAGGACACCAAGAUGGCCGUCACCUUUGUCGGCAACUCGACGGCGAUCCAGACCCUGUUCCAGCGCAUCAACACCCAGUUCUCGAGCAUGUUCCGCCGCCGCGCCUUCCUCCACUGGUACACCGGCGAGGGCAUGGACGAGCUCGAGUUCACCGAGGCAGAGAGCAACAUGCAGGACCUCGUUGCCGAGUACCAGCAGUACGAGAACGCUGGCAUCGACGAGGACGAGGGCGAGUACUACGAUGAGGAGGGCGUCGAGGGUGGCGAGGUGCGUCCCGGUCCUCUCACUCCCCUCUCAGCGACGACGUGUCCUCCCUUGCCAUCUCGAUCACGUAAACUGACUCUGUCCUUCUUCACGCAGUACGUCGAGGAGCAGUAA